CAGAUUUCUCUGUCAGCUGAAACGCUUUUGUUUUGGUCUGAGCUAAAAUCCAACGUCAGCUAGGAUUAUUAUUUAUUUAUUUCCCCUGUGACAGCUGACGGAAAUGAAGAAGUUUUUCGAUGACUUUAAGAAAGACGCUAAGUUUAAAUCUGCGGGACCUGGGAAGAAACUAACGGAAGAAGCCAACAGUGCCAAGCCCAAGGUGGUGCAGAGCAGCUCCGGUGCCAGACACAACCGCCAUGCUCCCACCAAAGGGUCCCAGAUGGCUGGAGCCGCAGCCCUGGCCCGGAUAGAGCAGCACCCCCGGCCCAAGGUCCAGACCUCCCAGGACGCCAUCAGGAACCAAGUUAAAAGAGAGCUGGAGGCGGCUGCACUGGCGGAGAAAGAGAAGGAAGACGCAGCGGAGGGACCCAAAGUCCCGGUGAGAGAUCCCACCGGUUUGUCGGUGUCGGGUGUGUAUUUCACCUGCCCGCUAACGGGAGCCACUGUAACCAAGAGUGAGAGGGAAGUUCACAUCAAAGAGGCCAUUCUGAUGCGGUUUGAGGAGGACGCGGUUGAGGCCUCCGUGAUGAUGGUCCACACAUUCAACAAAGACCGGGAGAAGGUGAAGGCUGCCGUGGAAAUCAUAAGCAAAUAUAUUGAGAAUAUAUGUAAGAAUCCCACAGAGGAGAAAUACAGGAAGAUUAAACUGAGCAACAAGGUGUACCAGGAGAAGGUUCGUAGUGUGGAGGGCACGAGGGAGUUCCUGGAGGCGCUGAGCUUCACGAGCAUCAUGCUUCCCGUAGAGGGUCAAGAGGAGGACGAGGAGUUCCUGGUCCUGCUGGAGCACAGCGCCGACGGCCUGGAGCUGAUGAAGGAGAGGAGGGACCGCCUGCAGAGAGGAGAGCCGGUCCGAGCUCAGCUGGACCGGCAGCCUCAGGCCUUCAGGCCCUCUCCCAACGGCCAGCGCUUCGAGCUGCCAGUGGAGUUCUACAACCUGACCGCGGACGAGCUCAAGAAGGAGCAGCAGCAGAGGAGCGAGCUGAUGGACAAGAACGCCAUGAUGCGCACGAAGGCCAUGAGGGAGAAGGAGGAGCAGAGGGAGAGGAGGAAGUACAACUACACCCUGCUGAGGAUCCGACUGCCCGACGGAAGUCUGCUGCAGGGGACCUUCUACGCGUGGGACCGGCUGCCCGUGCUGUUCGCGUUCGUCCGGGACUCGUUGGUGGACGGCUGGCAGCCCUUUGAACUCAUCACGCCCGGAAGUCAGAAGCUGAAAGAGACGGAGGAAGUCGCCCUCGCCGAGUGCAACUUGGUUCCCGCAGCUCUGCUCACGUUUGCCUGGGACGCGGCGGUGCAGGCGGACAUCGUGGCCACGGGCCGGAAGAGCUCCGCCCUCCUCAAGCCAGAGCUGCUGGAGAACAUUCGGACCCUGAGCUGAGCACCCCACCCCUCCACCACCAAGUUUAAAGUGUUUUUUUUCGUCCUUAAAACGAGAUGUCUUCUGUUCCGGUGACAUCGCUCGCCCUCCUCCACAAACUUUAAAUGUCGUUUAAUUUUUAUUACAUACGAGCACAAGCCCGACUCAUACAUCAAACACGUCGUUAUCGUCUUCUUCUGGGUCGGCGUCCCACACCGAGACGUAAUAUAAACACCUCCGCCAAGGUCGUUUCAAUAAGAGAAACUCAUCAGAUCUUCCUCGGCGAAUGCUGCGACCUUCCAACAAGUUUCGUGAACACCGGGCCGGUAGUUUCUCGUCUUCUCGCUGACUAACGGAAGCAUAAACUUUUUGGGGUUGAACGUUCCCCGAUGUGUGACGUUAACAUAAAGUGUUAGCCGCGAGACGGAGAUCCUACCACCAAAGUUUGAAGCACUUUUCAAGAUUAUUUAAAAUUAAAACACUAAGAGUGCCCCAAAUGUAAAAAUAAAUUUAAAAAAGGGCAAAAAGAAAAGUGAUCAUAACUUUAACACUCGAGUGAACCGUAUCGUCUCACUGCAGAAGCUUCAUGUAAACUCGCUUUGGCAUGAAUUAUUAUUUGUCUUCAUAAUGCUGUUUUAUUUAAUUUCUCUAGUCUUGUAUUUGUAUCAAACACAUUUCCUCGAGAUAGAAACGGUCUACAGUUCAAACGUGACAAGCAAAUGUUAUUAGCCCCGCCCCUUUCCCUCCUGAAUCAUGUCGUCGAAGGUCAAUAUAUUUAUUUUGGUAUUUAGCUCGCCGUGAACCUCUAGCAGGUAAAUCUGAGAGCCAAUAGUUUGUUCUCCCGCCCGGUUGAGACAACGACCUACCACUCCUCAUCGCUCUGGCCCGAUGCCCAGAACGAGUCGGAAAUGGAUCAAAAGGUUUAUUUUGGUUUUACAGUAUAAUUGAAUUGUCACGUUAAACCGGUUGUAAUUAUUAAAGUUUUUUCUGCUUCAGGUAUUCAAUGGAAGGGUGCAAAUGUUUUUUUUAUUAUCAGCAUUGAUAAAGAAUUAGAGAUCCGUCUCGAUGUAUUCCGUUGCUUUUUAAUAACCUGCCUGUAACCAGAUCGCUUGCAUUGCACAUCAACCUUUUGUUUAAUAAACAGAAUUACCAAGGA